AUGGCGCAGACGGCGGUGAAGGUGUACGGGUGGGCAGUGUCACCGUUCGUGGCGCGUGCGCUGCUGUGCCUCGAGGAGGCCGGCGUCGAUUACGAGCUCGUUCCCAUGAGCCGCGAGGCUGGCGAUCACCUCCGCCCGGACUUCUUGGCCCGUAACCCCUUCGCCCAGGUGCCCGUCCUCCAGGACGGUGACCUCACACUGUUCGAGUCGCGCGCGAUCGCGAGGCACGUGCUGCGCAAGCACAAGCCGGAGCUGCUGGUCGGGGACGGCUCGCCGGAGGCGGCGGCGUUGGUGGACGUGUGGCUGGAGGUGGAGGCGCAUCAGCACCACCCCCCAACGGGUGCCAUCAUGGUGCAGUGCAUCCUCACCCCGCUCCUCGGCGGCGUGCGCGACCAGGCCGUCGUGGACGAGAACGUCGCCAAGCUGAAGAAGGUGUUGGCGGUGUACGAGGCGCGGCUCUCGGCGUCGAGGUACCUCGCCGGGGAGUCCCUCACGCUCGCCGAUCUCAGCCAUUUCCCCAUGAUGCGCUACUUCAUGGAGACCGAGUACGCGGCGCUGGUGGAGGAGCUCCCGCAUGUCAAGGCCUGGUGGGAGGAGCUCAAUGCCAGGCCCGCGGCGAGGAAGGUCACGGAGCACGCCGUCAAUGCCGCCAAACUUUGGGCUCUGGAAAAGGCAGAGCAGCAGUGAA